AUGGCUUCAAACACCACUUUCCUUUUAACCACCGUCGCACUUCUCGGCCUCCUUCUCCUCCAAAACACCACCGUAUUCGGCAGAGAUCUUCCGGCGGAUUCAACCAACAUAGUGGCGAGGCUCCAAAGCGGAGGAAUAAUGGAGUGUUGGAACGUGUUGCACGAGCUUAAAUCAUGCACUAACGAGAUCGUUCUCUUCUUCCUCAACGGCGAAACAAAACUCGGUGUUAGUUGUUGUGAAGCCGUCGACAUCAUCACCACUAAUUGUUGGCCGGCGAUGCUCACUUCUCUCGGAUUUACGCCUGAAGAAGCUAAUGUCCUCCGCGGCUUUUGCAAGAAUCCAACCUCCGGCGACUCUUCUCCAGCUCCUUCUCCCAAGAAAACUUGA